GAUUGCGAUUGUCAGAUUAUUGUGGCUUUACUGUGUUAGACAUUUUAGUUAGGUAUAAAAAGUAAUGUUCAUUGUUUAUUUCUAUCUUUGGCAUAAUAACUUUUUUCACGGGUUAUUCUCUUUAUAUUCAUUAAAAAUGUAAGUUUAUCGUGAACAUUUGAUUUGAAAUAUACAUUUAUUUUUUCGACUUACCUCAACAAUGAGUCCACGAGAUUUAAUUUAUCGACUGAAAAGAAGCUUGGAAAAAAUUAAAAUAUCGAAGAAGAUAGGAAUUAUCAUUUUUAUUGUUGUCGUUUUCUUGUAUUAUCUCAGUCCGUACAUGCGAUCAUCCAGCACCAUCAAUUCAAAAUAUGACAGCGAAGCAUUCAUGAAAAAUCGUUUAUUAGAACUUCUGAUAUACCCUAGAGAUGCCUCAAUUAACUUUAACGCCAAUAUCAAACACGAACCUCCAUAUCCUGAUGAAAACCCCUUUAAAGAAUUUGUGGGAAAUGGUUACAUCGGUAUGACACUAGACAACGAUUCUCCAAUCUAUAUAAAAAAUGACAGAGCACUGUCCGUACCUGUUUACUGGUUUCCAAUAGUAGAGCUGAUUGUUGAAGGGCCAUCGGUAUCGGCAACUGUGGUCAACUACAAAACUGGUAUAUCAAAUCGAUACAAAGUCUUUGGAAACAAAUUGCGGAGUAAUGUUAAAUAUUAUGCGUAUCGCGCAUUGCCGUCGGUUAUUGUUCAGGAUAUAGAAAUAUCUAACCCAACAGAUUUCCCAUUGUUCGCUAAACUAAAACAGCAACCAUACAAAAAUCACGCCUGGUCCAUGUACAAUACACGGACAAUCAAAAUUGCAGAUUAUAAUGAGAAUUUCUCAAUAACUUCUGGCAUAAGUACUUCGACUUCUAAGAAUCCUAUUUACGGUGUUUCGAUAGUGUGCUCUAAGUAUCCCUCCGAAGUCAAGAUAUCGCCACAUGGAAUUUAUCAAUUACGUGUCCUAAUAUCAGUCGAGUAUUCAGUUUUAAAACAAACAUCGGAGUUUACUAUUGCCAAGCCAUUGUUGGAAAGCAAAUCAAUUGAACAUAUGAUGAACAUUUUACACUAUGAUGUAGAAAAAACUCACAUAAAUAUUUGGGAAAAACUUUGGAACACUGGAUUUUCUAUAAGCACUUCUAAAGCAGCUGACGUCUUAAAUGGAGACCUAAUCAAUGCGACAAUGUACUAUGUUCUAUCCAGCAUCAGAGCACCAACGUACGAAAUAUCGACACCUCCUGCUAUUCUUUCUCAAGUCUCAAACAGUCUAUCUUAUGUGGAAGGGUGUUACGGUGCUAAUUAUGACACCCUGCAAGCCCAGGCUUUAUGGCCAAAACCUUACAGCCUAAAUGACAUAAAUAAUGCUGUGGCUCUUUGGAUUUUGACUUUAGAAAAACAGGGUUGUCAUAAUUUAGUUAAAGCUGGCGCUUCAGGUGUGGCUCAAGCUAUGGUAUUGAGCUUUGGCAAUUUUCGUUUCAGCAACCAACAUCUAGAAUUCAACAUGCAUCCCAAAUUUUUACACAGGGAUUAUUACUUCAGGCGUUUGAAUUAUGGGAAUAUGACGCACAUUAAUGUCACAGUCAUUGUUCAAGAAGACAAUAAAGCUGUGAUAUCGGUGGCCAUGGACCGUAGCGACAAAAACUAUUAUGCCUGCGAUGGCGGUUGUUUAGAUGAUCCGGUGUUAUUGGGACCCGAAUACAAGACAUUCCCCGUAAAAAUCACCGAUCCGGUAACAGCAAUAUUGUAUAUCACUUACGACAGGAAGCACAUGGAAGAUUUAAGGCACGCGAUUCACGUUAAAGAAGUUUUGGAAGCUCCAGCCCACGAACACCAUGUAAUUGCACUACACAAGCAUGGCCAUCAUCUUGGAGGGCUGCCUACAUUUUUCUGGGUAGCGAUUGGUUUUCUGAUUGUUAUUUUUCAUCUAUUCCUCAUAAAAUUGAUAUACAAUGAAUAUUUCAUUUGGCAAGAGAAAUCCAAAGUGAAAUACGGUGACUUGACUGAAAACCAAAUUAAUAGAACCAUUGUUUUCUAAUCCUAAUAUUUCCAGAAACAAUUUAAAUGAAAAUGUUUGAAUAUAAUAUACUGUGAUAUACAACCUUACAAAAGUGUACUACCUUUAUUUAAUUUAUUUUUGUUUGCUUGUAAAAUAUACAAGUAUUAUAUAUUAUCAUAGCCCAUAGUGGUAGCGGUUUAGUCUCGAUAGUACACUGCAAUAUUGAUUUGCAAUAAAUAGAUUAAUAAAAGUUACCAAUCUCGAUUGAUUAAGAAUUAGAAAAUUUUGACUAUGACUAUCAAAGUUAAAAUUAAGAAUUUUAUUUAUUAUUUUUGCCAUGUUUAAAAUGUUACUAAAUAGUAUUAUAUUUAUAUUUAAAUUAUAUGAGUGACGUUAUCUAUCAUUAUUUUCUUCACUUUCAUAUUUUGUAGUUUAAAAU